AUUGCCUCCCUGGAAUAAUUGGGUUCCCAUUUAUACUUACUUUCCAUUGUAUACUCUUUUCCUCUUUCACUUGCCCACAACCACAACCCUUGUGGACUGUUCUGCAGUUUUUUCAUGUUUCUCACACACCCUAUCAAUCAAGUAUCAACUUCUGCAAUAACACCAAAUUCAAAUUCAGUCCAUAAGUAAAUUGAAGAAAUGGGAGGCUGCAAAGUUUGUAUAAAGAAAAACAGAACAGAUUGGCUUAAUACCCUUUUGCUUAGCAAAUUCUUCGGUUCCUGUGGUGUUCAUCAUGACCUUCGCAAAAAUGAGAAGAACGUCUUCUGCAUAGAUUGCAGUAUCCGCCUCUGUAGGCACUGUAUGACAGCUCAUUGCCUCCACACAAAGCUUCAGAUCUGCAAAUACGUCUACCAUGAUGUGGUUCGCCUUCAAGAAAUUCAGAAGCAUCUUGACUGUUCUAAAAUUCAGACAUAUAAAAUCAACGGCGAGAAAGCUGUGCAUCUAAAUCCUCGCCCUCUAGCCAAAGAUGCCAAGCCAUCAACAAAAGCAAAGUUUGGUGCUUCCUGUGAAGCUUGUGGGAGAUAUCUGCAGGACAUGCCAAAUCGUUACUGCUCCAUUGCCUGCAAGGCAUCUAUAGUCCCAGUGAAGCCUGAAGACCAAAGUCACAAAUUCAUCGCGGUUACUAUACCACAAUAUGGUGAUUUUUCAUUAAAAGGUAACUGCAAUUCCGAAACAAACAUGAGCGAAAUGGAAUCAUCGAUCUCGUUGGCUGAGUCGUCUGAGGAGAUGACUGCUUGGGUAUGUUCAGCAUUGAAGCCAAGAAAGCUUUUGCAUAAGAGGAAGGGCAUCCCUCACAGAGCUCCUCUCUGUUGAGAUGGGUAGACAAGAUGAGUGAUAUUUUUGCUUCCUUUCCCCUGUCAUAAAAGUUUUGGUUUAUAUCUAAGUAUUAAAACCAUAAAACCACAGCUAGUUAUUAUAUCUAGAUUGAAGAAAAUCCGUCUCAUAUCUCUGAUUGGGAUUUAGUUUGUACAGCAUAAGAGAGGUGGUAAUGCUGCAGAGCAUAUGGUUGAUAAUUGAGGGGUUUGUUGGGAUUUACCAUACUUUUGUUAAUUUUCUCAUGGAUGAAAUAUAUAUAUAUAUAUAUAUAUAUAUCUUUUUACAGAACAAGAUUAGAAAACUUUUAAAAAAUGUCUGGUGGGAAUGUUUCUCGCUUUGUUGGCAAGCAUGAGUGGCUGGCUGGCUGCUUUAGUGCUUUACUUUUUCUAUCUUGUUGGCCGCCAGAGAUUUGAUUAGCUUUGUCUCAAUCAAUGUCCGAUUGGUGAUGGCUUCAUGUUCCUUGUGGUGUGGUGUGUAGUCAGUUGUUUGGUUGGGCCCUCUGCUUUCCCUACGCAUUAUGGCAACAAUCUUUUGUUUGUGUCUUGUUAUAUGGAUGUGGCAGACAGAAAGGGAAAGGAAAGGGCUGCAAUACAUUAUACACUGAGUCGUCUAACUUGUAAGUGAAUGGAAUAUAUCCUAGAAGAGAAUAGAAUAGCGUCAAUCCAAUCGAUGCAGUGACA